GUUAUCCCGGUUGUGUCGUGUUACCAGCCUCACCGUGACGCUAACUAACCUUGUGGUACGCUAAGCAAAUAAACACGUCCUAGUAAGGAGGCUGUUCAGUGAGUCAGAUUACUUCCAGCAAAAACCUGACUGAGCGGAACUAUCUGAAUUCUCGGAGUCCAGCGUUCCUCUCCUCCCUCUUCUCUCAUCAGCCCUGCAGCACCUUGCCUACCUUGUCUGCCCCGAUCCCACUCCAGUCCCCCGCCGGUCGCCCCCACGUAAGCACCUGCUGCACCGCCUCCCAGCCAUGACCACCUUUACCUAUCUCCUAGUUGUGGUAGCAGUUGUAGCGGCACUGUCUGGCCGCGCCGAGUGUCGCCCGCAGACUCCGGAGACAAGAGAUGUGGAGGCGGUGGCUGGCAAUGACCAAAGGGACCAGCCUGUGUUCUAUAGUGAACACCAGUACGGAACCAUUGCCGGGGAGGUGACCACGAGCACAGGCAAUCUCUUCGUCGCUAAGCGCCAGAAGAAGAAGCCUCGCAGUGGUCCCAGCGUCUCCGCCCUGGUGGCUGGACCUCCUGAAGUCUCCGUCGGGGUGUCUGCUGGGCUCUCCCUGGUCCCCUCAGAAGCCAAGGUGGAGGUCGUUGCAGUGCGUUAACCACCCACCACAGCAUUUAUUUAGCCUAUAACCAAAGGCCCGUAUUUUGGAACGGCUUGGGUUCUCACUACGGCUAUUUUCAAAGGCCAUGCAAGUGAUUAAUUGGGUUUUCAUGGUUGUUUAUAUUCUUCAUUGAUGUAGAAUCCUUGUUAUGUUAAACACUCACUGGAAUCAAGAAAAACACCAUUGAAAACUCGGGUAACUUUCACUAGAGGCUGUUGAAAGUGGUCGAGAUAUUAUGCUGAAUUCAAACAUAUGAGAAAUAUGAUGCGAGGGUGAUAGACAGGCAAAAUGUAGUCUAUAAACAUGUCUGUAAUGUCCUCCUUGCUGCUGUUGUUGUUACAUGAAAUUAAAGAAAACAUCCACUGUG